UUUACCGACUGUGUUGGUUUAGCCACCGGUAAUUUUGCUGGUAUUAAAUAGUACGUAUUCGGGAUAGUUACCGCCGAUGUGAAUAUAAAAUAAAAAUUUAUUCUUCACAUAACUAACAAAGUGUGGGCUUAGCAAAAAAUUAGAUGGCCAAUCGUGCAGUUCUCGAUUAGAGCUCCAGUUGAACGGUUACAAUACAGCAAUUUUAACUUGCCAGCGUACAAAAACGUUGUUAUUACAAAAAAAUAAAACAAGUAAUAAUAAAUAAUAAAAAAUAUAGUGCAAAAUAUACUAAACAAAAUUAUAAAAGUGCAAAAGAACUCUAACCGUUGAAAAGUGUGAAUAUAAAUAGCAGACAUUUCAACACAGUGACACAAAUAUUUUAGUAGUAAUACAAGAAAAAGUGCAAAAUAAGCGAGAACUAUAAAUUUGUAUUUAUCUGCAACAACCUUAAGUUUAUAAAAAAAAGUGCCGAAAAUGACUGAACGAUAUGGCAAAGGUGUUACCACCAAUCUGGUCAACAGCUCACCACCUGUUGCAAUCAAUGGUGUAGGAGCCGCAGUUGCCGCUGCCGCCGCCUCAGCCAAUGGCCAUGGAAGUGGUAUAAAUGCAACUGCUGACACUGACGAUGGUGAUAAAAUCGUAUUAAAGCGCAAAUUGACGCUAAUAAACGGAGUUGCUAUCAUUGUUGGUACAAUUAUUGGUUCGGGAAUAUUUAUAGCGCCAACAGGUGUCUUCCUCUAUACAGAAUCUGUGGGCUCGUCUCUGCUUAUUUGGUCUGCCUGCGGCAUUCUUUCUACGAUCGGUGCGCUUUGCUAUGCUGAGCUCGGCACGAGCAUCACACGUUCGGGUGGCGAUUAUGCAUAUUUGUUGGUGGCAUUUGGACCGCUAGUCGGCUUUUUGAGAUUAUGGAUAGCUUUGCUAAUCAUUAGACCAACUACACAGACAAUCGUCGCCUUGACAUUUGCACAAUAUGCAGCAAAACCAUUUUUCGAAGACUGUUCCCCGCCCGAAUCGGCUGUAAAAAUUUUAGCUGCCAUUUGUUUGUGUUUGCUCACUGCCAUUAAUUGUUUAUCCGUGAAAUGGUCUAUGAAAGUGCAGGACAUCUUUACUGCCGGCAAACUCUUGGCGCUAAUAAUGAUCAUUUUGGCUGGCCUCUACUAUUUGCUGAUGGGCCGUCUUGAGAAUUUCGAAAACGCCUGGGAGGGUAAUUACGAUGCGGGCAAUAUUGGGUUUGCCUUUUAUUCGGGUCUCUUUGCAUUUGGCGGCUGGAAUUAUUUGAACUUUGUGACGGAGGAGUUGCAGGAUCCAUACAAAAAUCUUCCACGUGCUAUUUGGAUUGCCAUGCCUCUGGUCACUGGCAUAUAUGUGUUAGUGAAUUUAGCCUAUUUUGUCGUAGUGUCAAAAACCGAAAUGCUCAGUUCGCUGGCCGUAGCGGUUACAUUCGGCAAUCGUGUUUUCGGGCCGCUCGCCUUCAUGGUGCCCAUAUUUGUGGCGCUGAGCACUUUUGGUGGCGUUAACGGAGUGCUCUUCACCUCGGCGCGGCUAUUUGCCACGGGUGCUCAAGAAGGACAUUUGCCUAAAUUUUUUACACUAUUCCAUAUCAAACAACAAACACCUAUACCAUCGUUGAUAUUCUCGUGCAUCACGUCGCUAUUGACACUACUCACUGCCGAUGUUUACAUUCUGAUUAAUUACUUUAGUGCCAUGUUGUGGCUGUCAGUGGUGGCCAGUAUUGCUGGCAUGCUCUGGAUGCGUCAUACCAAACCUAACAUUCCGCGACCCAUUAAGGUGCAUCUGGCACUGCCCAUCAUCUUCAUUAUAUGCUGCCUGACACUUGUGCUUUUGCCAAGCUUCAGUAAUCCCAUGAAUCUCAUUGUUGGUAUCGGUAUUACGGUAGCCGGAAUACCCUUCUAUUAUUUGUGUAUAGCGCGCAAAAACAAAGCAGCCUGCUAUAAUAGUCUAUCGCGUGGUAUGCUCAACUUCUGUAGAGCUAUGUUCAAUACGGAACUUAUUGAGAGUAGUGAAAGUAUUGAUAAGUAAAAUUAAAGAAGGUAAAAUCUCAAAUGUUGAAAAAUGAAGCCUGAGAUAAUCAAACCCGGAGAAAAAAAACGAUAUUUUAACGUUUAAUGUAUUAAAUUUAAGAGAGAAGAAUUUUGUAAAGGAAGUAUUGUAUUUACUUCAUAAUAUAAUUUUCAAUUUGAAUUUAAGUUAUAUUCAUGUAUUUAAAUCAUGCCACACACACGCCCAUAUACAUAUACACUUUAAUUAUAUAUUAUAUGUAAAUAUAUACGUUUAUGUACAAUAUAUUGUAUUUCAAUUAGAGAAUUAACUCAUAGUGAAUGCAAAUACAGCGGUGUUCAUAGCAAUAGUAGCGCAAAGCCGACAAACAGAGAAUCGAUGCAGUUUCUCUAUGAUUUCCGAAAAAAAUGGAUUUUUUUUUUUUUGCUUAGACAACACUUUAGAGUUUUGCAAACAGUAUUCGGUAGGUCUUUAACGGUGAAAAAAUUGUUACACACGGUCCGGCACUCGAAGUGUAACCAAUUGAAAAGGUCAUAAAUUUAGUUUGGAAAAUUACUUUUAUUCAAUUCAAAGUAAAAAAUGUGUGGAAAUAAUAUAAAAUUAAGAAUAAAAUCACUUUUGCUUUACUCAGAUAUUUUCAGUUGUUUCGCCAUUUGAUUGGCACUUUGUCGGGCAUUUCGCUCAAGUCGCUUCUUCACUUUUUGAACAAUUUCACGUUACGUCGCGUCAUCAAAACGCCCUCCAUGACGUUUCGCGAUGCUACCAGUAUCAUUGUAGCGAGUAAUGGUGCGAUAAACAAAAACUUUAUUUACUUUUAGAUGCUCGAGCUCACGAACAAUUCCUGGUUAUGAUUUUACAGCCAAAUAUAAAGCAAUCACACUAUUACGUUUGAAGUCCAUUGCUGAUUUUCUUUUUUCGCGUUUACUCACGGCAAAAUGCUUCCGCGCGCUUGUAAACAAUACUCUGGACUGUCAUUUAGUAAACUAACAGACAGCAGAUGCACGCGCGAGCGGUCUGAAGUUGGUUACACUUCGAGGAGCCGGAUCUUAUAGUUCAUACUUUAAAGGUUUCACCCCUCUGUGGAGAAAAGAUCUUAAAGCCAUUUAAAAGAAUGAAAUGAGAGCACUAAAAUAUUUUAUGCAAAUAUUUGUCAUACAAUUUGAGUGGGGGUUCAAAUUGAAAAUGAAAUGUGAAAAAAAGUCGAGCCAAGAAGAACCGAGAGAUUUGAUAGCUCCUAAUACACCCGAAUACAAGGCAUUGUAUUUCAACCUUUGGAAAUUAAAAGUGUAGACAGUCAAGGAGAAAAGGAGAGAAGUAACAGAAAGAAAAAGAUAACUAGAAUAUAAGACCUGUGACAAUGUUCCAGAUACUUUGGUAAAUCUGAAAAUAUCCUCCAGUUUGAGAGAACGAAUAUUACACAUUCCCAUGACUACGGAUUCCAAAAUCGCAGCCGUGCUCUAACAAAUGCAGGACACUCAGAGAAAAUGCUCAGUGCUAUCAGCCUCCUCUAAGCAACACAGGCAAAACGGGCCCGCCAUGAUUUCAAUAGGGAUCAUAUGUUGACACCUUGGGUUGUGUCCUGUUGCCUUUUCUUCCUUUUCUUUGCAGUUCUGCAGCGGUCUAGAUCGGAUCUUCGCUCUAUAUGCAUACAUACUCGCUGAUCCACUUCAUGAUUCCUGCAGAACUGAUUCCGAUUAUUGGCUCUGGCCCCCGUGGGGUAUCCGCUGAUCUGAGUAGGGACUACCGAAGCCAUAAAAUCUGUCAAUAUAUGCGUUUAUACGAAAAUGAGAAAGAUACAAUUUGUUUUAUUCAUUUUUACGAACAAUAAAUUCCGGUUUUUUUGUUUGUUUUUGUAGACAAAUGUAUUUACGUUUAUUUCACUGCUGGAAUAGUGCGUUUUGCGUUUCCAUAUUUUCGACUACUCUCUCGGUAUUCUCAUUUUAGAAACUAAAUUAAUUUCUACAGUUAUUAGUUACAGAACAUAGGAACGCUUGGAAAACGUUAGCGCUGCUAUCAUUAUGCACACAACUGUAUGCAUUAUAAUAAGUGUUUUUCCCGGAUUUCAGUUUUAAGUUUAAGUUAAAAACGUAUGCAAAUUUAGUGAAGUAAUGCAAUGAAUCUAUGUAUUAAUACUUUUAGUAUAUUAAAAAAGACACACAUACAUACUCGUUGCGAUGAAGUUUCGCCUAUUUAUGCCUUUUGUAGAUUUAAGAGACGAAAUGAAAUAUUUGUGACAUUUUAGGGAAAACAAUUACAAUUUGUACCUACCACAUUGCAACUAAAAAUUCAUUUAUUUAUGUAAUACAUAUAAAGUAUAUGAAGUAUAGGCAUAGGUAUGAAUAAAUUUAAAGCUUUGCUUGACUUAUUUAUUUAAUUAGAGCAAAAAAUAAUUUGCAUGUUUUAUAUUUAAAUAGAGAUGAAUAAAAAUGCUUCAAACUAAAAGCGCAUGACAUAA